AUGGAGACGCAGGAUAGUAUCGAUAUCGCCACGCUGCAACGCGACGCGUUGGGGCUACACAAACCAUCCCAGUCAUUCUUUCCUGGGCAUUCGAGAAUCGACCAUACUGCACAGCAACAACCUCGCUCUAACAAAGCCGCCGAUCGUUCUCAUGGUCACACAUCGGCUGGCACAGGGUAUUCCGCAACAUCGAUAUCAGACUCUGCACGCGCUACACCGAAGCACCCUCGCCCCUCCCCGUCUCCGCAAUAUGCACAAAACCCGAUGAAUUCCAAUCCUACAGCAAACGAGCCGAUCCAGGCCAAUCCAGUUCAGACAACACAAUCUGGAACGAUGGACUCUGGGGAGACUGCCCCUGGUGACACCCAGGUGGUCUCGCAAUCGGUGUAUGAUAGUAUCAUUCGACAAAAUGGGGAGUCAGUAUAUCAAAGCCACUCGCAGACCGGUGCGGACGGUGCGACACUUAUGACGCUACACGAGGGCGAUAGCGGCCAUCUCGACCUUCUCGCCGACUUCAACUCGGCUCAUCUUCCGAAAAACGAUUCUGCAGACAACGACGAAGAAAGCAAUUAUGAUGGAAGCGAGUCAUCUCCGAUGGCGCCGCUAGAAUACCAACCGGAGUUCUUCCCCGAGUCGCAGCGUUUUUUGACCGCAACUCCAGGGACUGCAGUGAAAAGAGUCCAGACACCGGGGACAUCGAUAAAGACUCCCAGUCUGUCUCGUAACCCGCUGGUCGGGGAUCUUGAGUCGAGUGGGGGUCUCAUGGGAUUGAGUCAGCUUUUUAAGGCAACCCAGGCGCCCUCGUCUCCCCUAGUGGAUGGCCUACAGCCUGACAUCGUGUCAGACCGUCCGUCGCCAAAUCUUCCCAUACAACAUCAACGCGUCAUCAACAAUGUGUCCUCUCCGCUGGUGCAUUCCCGGGUAUUGUUUGCGAGGGAAUCGUCGGAGCCAAACCUUAAUUACAUUUCGUUGAAAGAGUCACAGUCACGGCGGGACAAGUCACUAGGAGAGCGGCUGACGCGAUCGGCCGAUAAUAUGGAUGACGAGAUCGACAAAGAGUUUUAUAAAGAAUCGAGCUUUGUGGAGAGAGCAAGAAGGCAACGUGAGCUUGACGAUGAAGCUGCAGCGCAAUUUGCAACUUUAGAUGCUCUUCCCCGGCCCAAGUCUGUUGUAACUAGCUCACCGGGGAAUCCCAUCCUCGAAGUACACGAGGACGAUCCAAUGCCUGACGCUGCUGGAAGCGAAGAAGAAACCGAGCAAGAGGAAGACCUUGGUCCCCAAGUCCUUCAAUCCCAGGAGGCACCCCAGUCCUCGGAAGAGGACAAGGAAAACUACAACGGGCCGCAAGUGUCUGUCGAGGCAGCGAGUAGUGCACACAAUCGUCUUUCGCAGGCACUCACCAUGGAAGAAAAUCUUUCCACCCGCAUGAACAUAAUGGCAGACCCGGAAAUCAUCCAUUUUCAACAGAGUGCCAUUCUCGAAGACUCCGAUCAAUACAUUGGUCGCUCAUCGCAAGUGAUGGUCAAGGAUUCACAGCAAUCACCACAACCAUCGGCCACUCCUAAGCAGAACGAUCACCAUAUUGCGGACCGACCAGCGCCGUACGAGAUAAAAGUUGACCCGACCUCCGACGUUGACGGCCUAUCUCCUGCUCGGCGAGCUUUGCACUCAUCGCCUCCGGCUUCGAGAUCAGGAAGUAGGCCAGUCUCUCGGCACCACUCUAUUUCUCCUAUAAAGAGCACCAAUUUCGCACAUCCGUCUGUCCUGCAGUCAGGCCAAAAUGCGUCGUCCACUGAGAACCAACGAGUCAAUUCCAGCAACCCUUCCGAGCAAGGAAUCUCAGCGUCUUUUCUCACCAGAGCUGGAUCUGGCAAUGGGGAGAAAUCUUCUUCCUUGCCCUCGCGUGUAACUGAGACGCCGGUUCAUUUACGGCCCCAGAACAAUGACAUCGGAAGAUUGACAAGCAUCCCUGAAACGAGUCCCCGUCGCACCGCACCCAAUGAAUGGGAAGGACAAUCAAAUGGCGAUGGAUUAAAUGAAGAUGACGAUCUCCCUCCUAUGUACCCUACUGUGCUGUCUAGUCCAAGUGGACGACAGCGACGCAAACUCACUGAUAUUGCCUCGGAUCUAUCUCCCCAGAUCCAAUUGAAGUUCGGCGAUUUUGGGAACUUUUUCACGGCCGAUGACGAGGCGUAUCAUGAGCUGGUCUCCGAAGGGUCUCCAACCCGGCCAAAGAAAAAACGACGUGGAAAUGCCGGCCAAAAUUUUCUCAUAUCGGACUCUACGCUCACCAGUCUUCCUUCAACCCCUCGUGCACAGCCUGCUAAGACGGUUGCACGCAUUCCCGAGUGGCCUACACCCCGAGAGCCGCAGUCUCCAGCAGCUAUCCAUGUUCCUGCAACUAUGAACCGCAAAGAACCGCGGCCUUCUCGGUCAUCUGAAAAUGUCUGGGAAAUUGGAGCUUCUCCUCAACAGGUGAUUCACAGGAGAUCGAAGGCCAAGCUUAUCCGGACGACCCUUUCGCCAAAAAAAGAUGAGUCGCGUGCUUUUAUGCAAAAGCCGGAAAUCGAUGCACCCGCGAGAUCAGUCAUGGAUCAACGCAACCAGCCUGUACCUUCUUCUGAACUCACUGACGUCGAUAUUGAGCCCGAUCUGGCGCAAUCAGAUGCCACCACCUUCCAAAGUUCGCCUACAAAACCACCCUCUGGUGUACCGGACGACAGUCAAAUCGCACCUAGCCAGGUUCUUGCUGUGUGGAUGGGCCAGAAGCGAGCAUAUUACCCUGCGACAUGCUUUGGGACACCGCUUGGCGUGUCCUCGAACAAGUACUCCGUCAAAUUCGAAGACAGCCUUCCUGUUGAAGUGGUGAAGGGAGCCGUGAAAAGAUUUGAACUUCGUGUUGGUGAUGGCGUCAAAGUAGAUAUGCGCGGCGUGCCUAAAGUCACACAUAUCGUACGUGGCUUUGACGACAAGCUCACCAAAGAAGAGCUCGCUCAGGCUGCUGAGACAGGCUUCUAUCCCCAGACCGAUAUCUACGGACAUACCACGGUGAUCCUUGGCCCCAAGCAACCCAAAAGUCUUCCAGAUGCGGGCCUGCCCAGCAGCGAGAACGUCAUCAAGGUUCCCAUUGCUCGCAUCUAUCUUGACAUGAUUCUGUGGAACCAACUCAAGGAUCGAGCAUUCAAAUACCAACAACCUCAAUUAGCACCACGAGAAACCAAGUCACACACGCCCUCUGAGAAAUCGUCUCUGCCAGCAUCACCGAGCACACGGAUCUCUCGCAGUAUCUAUGAAUCUACUGGUAUUUUCGCUGGGAUGGCAUUUGCUGUUUCCUACAAGGAAGAUGAAGUAUCCAAGAACCGCGUCACGAGGCUGAUCAUGGAAAAUGGUGGAACAGUCUUGCACGAGGGAUUCACAGAACUGUUCGAAUCGUCAUCCAUCCGCCCAGUUGAUACACCAACAAAGUCAGGGGAUGGUGAUGACACUACUGCUGCCAGUGUCGGUUUACGGUUAAAUGGAUUGGCUGAAAAUGUCGGAUUCGCUUGUCUGAUUGCUGACACCCAUUCUCGUCGUGAGAAGUACAUGCAAGCAUUAGCACUCAAUCUACCUUGCUUGUCAGGACGCUGGGUUGAAGAUUGUGUCGCCAAAGGACGUGUCCUGGACUGGGAUAUCUACCUCUUGCCAGCCGGAGAUUCUAUGUUCCUCAACGGGGCCACCAAAUCCCGAGUGAUGGUACCUAUCUCGCCCUCCGAGACCCGCCUUGUGGACACUAUCUCGGCACGACCGAAAAUGCUCGAUGGCAAGUCGGUAUUGAUCGUCAUGGGACGCGGCAAAGCAGAAGAGAAGCGAAAGGCUUACAUUUUUCUGACUUUCGCUCUCGGCGCCUCCCGUGUGGAGCGCGUCCCCGACCUGGAGACAGCCAAGGCACUUCUGGACUCUCAGUCCGAGGCUUCUUUACCUCCGACCUGGGAUAUGAUCUAUGUUGAUGAUGCGGAUCAAGCGGCUGCCAAGGCCCUGUUGGUACCCCCGCCUCGGACACAAAGGAUCCACCUCUUCCACGGCAGGAAGCGGAAGAAGUCCGCCGUUUUCACUACGUCGGCUACUCUCGAGGCAUCGUCUUCUACGACUGUGAUUGGUAGUGAAUUUGUGUGUCAAAGCUUGAUUCUAGGAAGGAUCUUUGAGGAAUGA